UUCCUCUCUCUCUCUCUCUCUCUCUCUCUCUCUCUCUCUUCUCUGCAACUUCUGCUCAGCUCUGAUCACACAGUUCCGGCACUCUCUCUCUCUCUCUCUCUCUCUCUCUCUGAGAGAAUCUGCCUCGAGCUCAGCCCCCGCCGUCGGAAUGCGCAGCCUCUGAUUCCAAUCCGUUGCCUGCCGACAGCUCCUGCUUUCGCGCGUCAUCACCACAGCAGCGCCAGCUUCCCUUCCUUCCUCUAGCUACCCGCGCUCUCCGCGAUUGUCGGUCGGCCUUGACUUCCUACCGGAGAUUGGCCCGGCGAGCUGCGAUGAAUCGCUGAAGCUCGGUGCAGAUUCGGAGUUGCUUCUGCUUGCGGAUUUGGUGCUGGUGGAGCGCUGCCGUUUGGGGUUUUUGGCCGACGGGAGCUGAGCUGGAAUGGGAGAUUUGGGGAUGGUCCUGUUUAGGCUUUGAGGAGGCGACGGACUAGUGGAGUUCCUGAUUCAUUUCCCGGACUGAUAGGGAUGGCUUCGGAUCUUAGCAGGAAUGGCCCCGUCGAGAGAGAUAUCGAGCAGGCCAUUACUGCUUUGAAGAAAGGGGCUUACUUACUUAAGUAUGGAAGGAGAGGGAAGCCCAAAUUCUGUCCAUUCCGGCUUUCCAAUGAUGAAUCUGUUUUAAUAUGGUUCUCAGGAAAGGAUGAAAAACACCUAAAGUUGAGCCAUGUCUCAAGGAUAAUAUCUGGGCAGCGCACCCCAAUCUUUCAAAGGUACCCCCGGCCUGAGAAGGAGUAUCAAUCGUUUUCACUUAUAUACAGCGACAGGUCACUGGACCUGAUAUGCAAGGAUAAAGAUGAAGCUGAGGCAUGGUUUAGUGGCUUAAAAGCAUUAAUUUCACGAUGUCAUCAGCGGAAAUGGAGAGCAGAAUCAAGAAGUGAUGGAAUUCCGUCAGAAGCCAAUAGUCCUAGAACGUAUACACGAGGAAGCUCUCCUUUAAAUUCUCCGUUUGGUAGUAAUGAUAGUUUUCAGAAGGAUACUGGCGAUAACCUCCGAUUUCAAAGUCCAUUUGGAAGUCCUCCCAAGAGUGUUCCAGAUAAAGCAUUUUCUGAUGUAAUACUAUAUGCUGGUCCUCCAAAGAGUUUCUUUCCUUCAGAUUCUGCCAGUGCCUCGAUCCAUUCUUUAUCAUCGGGAGGCUCAGAUAGCAUGCAUGGUCAAGCAAGAGCAAUGGCGAUGGAUCCUCUAAGGGUUAGUUUAUCCAGUGCUGUAAGUUCAUCUAGCCAUGGGUCAGGUCAUGAUGAUGGAGAUGCCCUGGGGGAUGUGUUCAUCUGGGGUGAAGGCACCGGAGACGGUGUUUUGGGGGGUGGAACUCAUAGAAUAGGAAGUUGUUUUGGGGUGAAAAUGGAUUCCUUGCUUCCGAAGGCCUUAGAAUCUGCAGUAGUACUCGAUGUUCAGAACGUUGCUUGUGGCGGGCACCACGCUUCUUUAGUCACAAAGCAAGGGGAGAUCUUUUCUUGGGGAGAGGAAUAUGGAGGUAGGCUUGGGCAUGGUGUGGAUUCUGAUGUUUUGCAUCCAAAGCUAAUAGAUGCCCUCGCUAAUAUCAAUAUUGAGCUUGUAGCAUGUGGUGAGUAUCACACUUGUGCUGUAACUCUUUCUGGCGAUCUGUACACUUGGGGUGAUGGCGCCUAUAAUUAUGGUCUUCUUGGCCAUGGAAAUGAAGUGAGCCAUUGGGUGCCUAAGAGAGUGAAUGGCCCUUUGGAAGGCAUACAUGUCUCGUCUAUAUCUUGUGGGCCAUGGCACACUGCAGUUGUUACAUCUGCUGGGCAGUUGUUUACUUUUGGUGAUGGCACAUUUGGUGUCUUGGGGCAUGGAGAUCGAAAAAGCAUUUCCAUUCCAAGGGAAGUUGAGUCCCUUAAAGGCCUCCGCACUGUGCGGGCGUCUUGUGGUGUUUGGCAUACAGCUGCAGUAGUGGAAAUCAUGGUGGGUAAUUCCAGUUCCAGCAACUGUUCAUCAGGGAAGCUCUUUACUUGGGGUGAUGGAGACAAAGGCCGGCUAGGGCACGGUGACAAAGAAUCAAAACUUGUCCCCACCUGCGUUGCAGCCCUCGUGGAACCGAACUUUUGUCAAGUUACCUGCGGACAUAGCCUCACAGUAGCACUUACAACAUCGGGUCAUGUCUAUACUAUGGGUAGUACUGUAUACGGUCAGCUUGGGAAUCCUCAUGCAGAUGGUAAGCUCCCUACUCGUGUGGAAGGAAAGCUGUCCAAAAGUUUUGUGGAGGAGAUAGCUUGUGGUGCUUAUCACGUUGCCGUGUUGACUUCACGAACCGAAGUUUACACUUGGGGUAAGGGAGCAAAUGGUCGACUGGGGCAUGGAGAUACUGAUGAUCGGAACUCCCCUACUCUGGUUGAGGCACUCAAAGACAAGCAAGUUAAGAGCAUUGCCUGUGGUACCAAUUUUACGGCUGCUAUUUGUCUCCACAAAUGGAUCUCAGGCAUUGAUCAAUCCAUGUGCUCGGGCUGUCGGCUGCCAUUCAAUUUCAAGAGGAAACGCCAUAAUUGUUAUAAUUGUGGACUCGUUUUCUGUCAUUCAUGCAGCAGUAAGAAGUCCAUGAAGGCUUCUAUGGCUCCGAGUCCUAACAAGCCCUACCGUGUCUGCGACAGCUGUUCUAAUAAGAUAUGGAAGUCAUUGCAGACCGAAGUCCAAUCUAAUUCUUCCAUGGCUAGAAAAGGGGGAUCAAGUCAGGCUCCAAACGAGUUAAUAGAUAAGGACGAGAGGCUGGAUUCUAAAUCUCGAGCCCAACUUGCUAGAUUCUCUUCCAUGGAGUCCUUUAAACAAGUGGAUCGAUCUUCCAAGCGGAACAAAAAACUUGAGUUUAACAGUAGCCGCGUGUCACCUGUGCCAAAUGGAGGUUCCCAGUCAGGAGCACUCAACUCCUCAAAGUCUAAUGCGGUCUUUGGAUCAUCCAAGAAGUUCUUCUCUGCUUCAGUGCCUGGUUCAAGGAUAGUUUCUCGAGCAUCGUCACCAAUAUUGAGGCGGACCAGCCCUCCUCGUGCCGCAACGCCGACUCCUACCCUUGGUGGACUCACGUCCCCAAAGUUCAUCGUGGAUGAUGCUAAACAGACAAAUGAGAGCCUCAACCAAGAGGUUAUCAGACUAAGAGCACAGGUGGAGAAUCUUACCCGUAAGGCUCAACUCCAAGAAGUGGAGCUGGAAAGAACGACUAAACAACUGAAGGAGGCGAUAGCAAUCGCUGGUGAAGAGACUGCAAGAUGCAAAGCUGCUAAGGAAGUGAUCAAGUCGCUGACCGCCCAACUGAAGGACAUGGCAGAAAGGCUACCUGUGGGCGCCGCUCGGAACGUUAAACCUUCCACUCCUUCAGCGGUCUCAACUCCAGCUUCCAGCGACAUUUUCAAUGCUUCUUCCAUGGACCACCGAUUGAGUAGUCAACUUAUGAGUCAAGAUCUGGAGUCAAACAUACCUAGUAGCACUGCUAUGCUUUCUAAUGGAUCGAGCUCCGCAAGCAACCACAGUGUUGUGGGUCAUCCCAGACAAGGCAAUUCAGAAGCAUCAAGUAGAAACGGGGCCAAACCUAAAGAAGGCGAGGUUCGAAAGGAUAUUGAAUGGGUCGAACAAGAUGAACCCGGUGUAUACAUCACCUUUACCGCCUUGCCUGGAGGUGGCAAAGACCUUAAACGAGUUCGAUUCAGUCGGAAGCGGUUUACUGAGAAGGAAGCAGAACAGUGGUGGGCUGUGAACCGGGCAAGAGUAUAUGAACAAUACAAUGUGCGUUCGAUCGACAAAUCAAGCAUUGGCGGCGCAAGUGACGACUAGAUCAAUCUCUCGCAGGCACGGAGGAUCUUACAACGAAAAUAUUAUUCUUCUUUUUUUUUUUUCUUUUUUCUUUUUUGUAAAUGAGAUCUCAUUUUUGUUUUAACCGAUUUUUUGGAGAUAUCAGCUUCAUACGGGGAGAUGGCAUAUGAUAUCAUCAACUUAAGUUGGGGGCUCGGCAUGUUGUAUGCAAGUAUGAUUUGGUACCGUAGUUGAGUAGUUGGGACUCGGGAGCAAUAGAGGGUUUCCCCUUUUCUUUUCCUCACUUUGAAUUUCUUCACCUGAUCUUAGAAUCCAUUUGUAAUUUUUUUUUUCCCUUCUUUUUGGGGUUGAGAAAUGUAAAUGGCUUUUACCCUUCAGAAAUUGAAGAUUGAGAGAAGCUGUGCUGCCUCUGUAAAUUCAAACCAAAGCAAAAAAGAAAAAAAAAGAAAAAAAGAGAGAGUUUAUGAAUGAAUGCUUAUCUCUCGUUCCCUACUGUUUGGCACAACCAUCACUUCCGUCCUUGAAGUUUCAGAGUCAUCACCUUCCUCUAGCGACCUUGCCCAGGGAGAAGGUGGCCCAGGGGCGGUGAGUGCGAUCGAAGGGAGGGGAAGAAAGUACAGCGAUGGAAGAGAUAUUCUCUCCAAAAUCUUAUUCUACUGGGGUAGAAUGUUGCGGCUUCAUUCAACGACGUGAUCUGAGUUUAAACUUGCUGUAUUGGAGUCUCAACUGAAGCUUCGAGUCAUUCCCUGUGGUCUUAUGAUCUUGUAGAAGCAAAUUUGCAGUAUUGUUUUUUUUUUUUUUUCUCUUCUUGUUACUUACAGCAGAAAUCAAUUUGCAGGCUGCCUUGACAACUGUUUUA